AAUUCCGCCUCUCUCCUUCACAUUCCCUCUACGCCUCUCCCCUCACUUCUUUUCCCUUUUUUCGCUUCCUUCACUUCAUAUUUGUCUUUGCUCCUUUGACAAAAGCCUAAAAGGCAAAACAAAUCAACCCUUCUCUCACACACACAGAGACACAGAACCCAGCAAAGCAAAGCUCAGCGCUCGCUUCAACAAGAGAAGAAGCAGAGAAAUGAAGGAAAGCGGUGGGAGCCGGAAGCAAGGAACACCAUCGCCGUGUGCGGCGUGCAAGCUGCUGCGAAGGAGGUGCGCGCAGGACUGCGUGUUUGCCCCAUAUUUCCCGGCUGACGAGCCCCACAAGUUCGCCAACGUCCACAAGGUCUUCGGCGCCAGCAAUGUCAACAAGAUGUUACAGGACCUACCAGUGCACCAGCGUGGGGACGCCGUGAGUAGCAUGGUCUAUGAAGCCAACGCCCGCGUACGGGACCCGGUCUAUGGCUGCGUCGGGGCCAUCUCGUCUCUCCAGCAACAAAUCGACAUGCUUCAGAGCCAGCUCGCCCAGGCCAGGGCUGAGGUGGUGCACCUCCGUGUCUGGCAAAACGCGACCAUGUCUAACCAUGGCCCGAGCCCAACCAGCCCGAGCAACAGCGGGUCACCGUCAUCACGGCUCAUGGCCUCCCAUGGCAAAUCCAUUUUUGAUAUGGACAUGAUGGUGGACCAACCUAACUUGGGAGACUCAGUCUGGUGAAGUUGACCUUUUUCUACAUCAGCCAUAUACGAAAUAUACUUUGAAGCCUAUGAUUCUAAACCACCCCUUUCUUCUCCUUCUCUUCUUCUUUUUUCCUUCCUUUGAAGAAAUCUUAGAUUUCAAUUCGAUGUAUAUCCCACAUGAGUUGUAGAAGGGCGGCGCCGCCUCAGAGUAUGACGGCUGAGCAGCCGUGCUAGGACGAAGGGGUGAAGGCCACUCACCCACGGUUUUUAUUUUCUGAAAGGGUCUUUAUUUACUAUUGACCUCGAUGUAGAUAUAGCUUUUUUUUCGUUUUUUACCAAUGUGAGUAAUAUUAUAUAAUUAUAGUGGAUUGUGCACUUAUGAAACAAAGUGUGUUGCGUAUA